AUGUCGUUGCAACCCCAAGAUGUCAACGCUCUGUUGCACAACAUGCGGCAGCAGAUCUUGGCAUUAACCACACAACUUGCCGAGCUGUGGGCGAACUCAACCCCCUCGGUUGAGAAAAAGUUCAACAAGAAAGUCAAAGUCAUUGCUGACCCUGGCACCUUCGAAGGAGACAGAGCACAAUUCACCGAAUGGUGGAUCAAACUUCAGAUUUGGGUCAAGGCAAAUUGGGAUGCAUUUGCCGACAAUUUUGAGGUAGCCACUGCGGUGCUAUCUUGA